CAAACGAAUGGUGAGAGCAAAGCAAAUUGAAAAUUGGUUCUGCUUCGGAAAAAUAUCAGAAAAGUAAAAAUUGUACGUUUUUUUAAUGAGUCGAAAUUUUUAUAAAAAGGUUUUGAAAAAAACUAUUUAAAAAAGGUUUGCCAUUAGUUUAAUAUAAGAAAAUUUAUUUCGAGUGUUGAGUGUUUAAAAUACAGCCUCAAAAUUGGCAAAAUAAGGAAGAAUAAAAAAAUGAGCUACAACGAAAAAUGUGAUGGUAUAACAAAGGAAGAUUGGAUGCGAAAGUUGGAGCAAUUCCCUUAUAAACAAAGUGACAUGAAUCGAUUAAUUAUGAAUUAUUUGGUGACUGAAGGGUUCAAAGAGGCUGCCGAAAAAUUCCAGUUGGAGGCUGGACUCGAACCAAGUGUGGAACUCAGCUCAUUAGAUGACCGCAUACUCAUACGUGAAGCCGUUCAGAGUGGACGCAUUCAGGAAGCAACCCAUCUCGUUAAUCAAUUGCAUCCUGAGCUACUGGAUAAUAACCGCUAUUUAUUCUUUCACCUGCAACAAUUGCAACUUAUUGAAUUAAUUCGAGCUGGACAAAUCGAAGAAGCUCUUACAUUUGCUCAAAAUAAACUAUCUGAAGCGGGUGAAGAUAUUCCCGAAGCGCUUAAUGAACUCGAAAGAACACUGGCUCUUUUAGCUUUUGAGAAGCCACAAAAUAGCCCUUUUGCAGAUUUAUUGGAACAAUCGCAUAGGCAAAAGAUUGCGAGUGAACUUAAUGCAGCAAUACUUAAGUGUGAGCAUAGCACCGAUUCAACUCCUAAAGUGAUGUUCUUAUUAAAGUUGAUCCUGUGGGCUCAGUCAAAACUCGACAGUCGAGACGUUCACUACGCUAAGAUGGUUAAGUUGGAGACAGCUCUAAUUGACAAACCCAAGUAGUUCGAUUGCGAUGUGGUCGUGAGUUGGGGAAAAAUGUUGUAAAAUUGAAAAUUAUCACAAAUAAAAAGUUUUAUAGGGUUCUAUCGGCUGGCAUUAUCUAUUAGUAAAAAAUAAUUUUAACGAAAUAUAUGUAUUCGCCUAUACAUCCAAAUAAAAAAUAAUAGAUUAAAC